CACUGCCGCAGUGCAUUUUUCUUGUUCAUGCGCCUCUUCCACGUGUCCUUCGGCAACGGACGGGCGACGGUUCUCUUUUGCCGCUAGACUUUUAUUUUUGUUUUUGGUUUUGUCACAGCUCGAACAACAUGGCGUCAACUUCAGACAUCAAGGAACCAUCAUCAGCAAUGCACUGCGUCACAUGCGGAAAAAAUUUUGAAGCUUCAUGCCUUACCGAGGACCACAUCAUUUGUGGCCUCUCGGCCGGGCGCGCCAAGGAGGCGCGGCUUCUCCUCCAGGCGAACGACGAUUGCGCAGCGGGGGUUGAGAAGCUGCACGCCACUUUAUCAGAUGCUCUUCGUGCCCUGGAGGAGAAGAGCCUCAAACUGGCCUGGUUGAAGGAAAGCCUCCUCGCAUCCGUUGGGGCAGAUACCCAGACUUGGGAGGAGGCCAGAGACACUCUGGGGUUGGGAGAUAAAAUUUGCUUGGCAGACCAUCCCUUCCCAACACCAACUUGCAUGUGCUGCUGGCUGCUUCUGUCAUCCUGCUUCCAGCUUGGCUUCCUUGCUUGAUUCCACAACGAGGCACU